CUCUAAAGCCCUAGCUAUGGCGGGAGCUUCGAAGCGAUCGCCUCCUCCGCCUCCUCCUCCUCCUCCGGGAUCGGCCCCAGCGCCAGCGGCGUGCCAGGUACAAUGCGCUGGAUGCCGAUGCGUUCUCAAUGUGCCUCCCGGAGUGAUCGAGUUCCGCUGCCCCAAAUGCAAGCUCGCGCAAAUGCUGCCCCCGCAGCUCCAUCCCCAGGUGAUGCUGCCUCCGCCGCCGCCGUUGCCUCAUCUUCCGCCGCCGCCGCGGCCAUCGUCGGCUCCUCCGCGCGCUCCCGCGGAUUCUUCCAAGAUACAGCUUCCCUGUGCGAAUUGCCGGGCCGUGCUGAGCGUCCCGCCUGAUCUGUCCAGGUUUGUGUGCCCGCAGUGUAGGGUGGAGCUCGCAGUGGAUCCCGCGAAGCUCGCGGGGUACAUGAACUCGCUGGCACACCUUUCCUACUUGAGCGCGGGCAACAAGGACGUGGACGAUCCUCUUUUGUGGAACAAGUUUGGCGAUGCUUCUUUGGAAGAAAUUAACGAGGUAGCUCUAGAAGUGGAGAAAGAAGAGGAUGAGAAUGGAACAGUUGGAGAUACUUUCAUGGACUACAGGCCAUCGAAGUUGUCGAUCGGUCCACCACAUCCCGAUCCGAUCGUGGAAACUUCAUCACUUUCGUCAAUCCAGCCUCCAGAGCCUACAUAUGGCCUCAGAAUAUCCAAAGAAAUGGAGGAUUUGGGAGCACUAUCAUGCCUGCAGUUGGAGACAUUAGUAUAUGCAUGCCAGAGGCAUCUUCAACAUCUGGCCGAUGGAACUCGAGCAGGAUUUUUUGUAGGAGAUGGUGCUGGGGUUGGGAAGGGUAGAACAGUAGCUGGACUUAUCUGGGAGAACUGGAAGCAUGACAGGCACAAAGCCUUGUGGAUCUCUGUCGGAUCAGACCUUAAAUUUGAUGCUCGGAGGGAUCUGGACGAUAUCGGCGCUACUAGCAUAGAAGUGCACGCUUUGAAUAAGCUUCCAUACGGAAAACUUGAUUCCAAGGCGAUAGGGGUGAAAGAAGGCGUCAUAUUCCUGACAUACAACAGCUUAAUCGCUUCGUCUGAGAAAGGCCGUUCCAGGCUACAGCAGCUUAUACAGUGGUGUGGACCAGACUUCGAUGGACUGAUUACUUUUGACGAGUGUCAUAAAGCCAAGAACUUGAUCCCCGACAGUGGAACUCACGCUACUCGAACGGGUGAAGCAGUUGUCGAGAUUCAAAAAAGGCUUCCUGAAGCACGAAUAGUAUAUUGCUCGGCGACGGGAGCAUCAGAACCUCGAAACCUGGGCUACAUGUGUCGCCUGGGGUUAUGGGGAAAAGGAACAGACUUCCCUCAUUUUCACGCUUUUCUUGCGGCUUUAGAAAAAAGAGGAGUUGGCGCACUGGAGUUGGUAGCAAUGGACAUGAAAGCCAGGGGAAUGUAUGUGUGUCGGACCUUGAGCUUUCAAGGCGCAGAAUUUGAAGUUGUUGAGGUUCCGCUAGAAGCUGCAAUGAAGGACAUGUAUGCAAAAGCCACGCGCAUUUGGGGUGAUUUACGUGUUGAAUUUAUGCAAGCUUCUGAGCUCCUUCAAGAUAAGAAGCCUUUAAAUCAAUUAUGGAGAGUGUUCUGGGCAAACCAUCAGCGGUUUUUUCGACAUAUGUGUAUGUCCGCGAAGGUCCCAGCUGUUGUACGAUUGGCAAAGCAAGCCUUGUCUGAAGGAAACUGUGUUGUCAUUGGAUUGCAGAGCACGGGAGAAGCCCGCACAGAAGAAGCAAUAAGCAAAUACGGUGCUGAACUCGACGAUUUUGUUUCGGGUCCCAAAGAGCUUCUGCUGAAGCUGGUUGAAGACUAUUAUCCACUUCCACAGCAAUGUAAAGAUGGCAGUGACAAUGACGCUUUGGACGAAAACGUUAUGGAAGCGAGAAAAGCUAAGCCCAAAGAUGGUUUAAGUGGCGAUGAGGAAGAAGAAUUUGAAACGGAAUGUGAGACCGAUUCUAGCGGAAGUGAAGAAGAUACCAAAACUUGCAAUGUUUGCGCCGUGGAGAACAGAACGCUCAAACUCGUGGAUUGUGCACUCUGUGGUAUGACCGUUCAUUAUCAGUGUCUUCCAACUUCAAUUGCGGAAACUGCUGAACCAAAAUGGUUAUGCCCUCCUUGCGCUGACGAGUUGCGUGAAAUACGUCAGGCGCGGAAACUCUACUUUUCUGAACUUCGGCGCAGACACGCAGAAGCGAAGUCAAGAAAAAUGGCAGCUUUGGAGGUCAUCCGUUCCCUGGAUUUUCCAAACAAUCCUUUAGAUGAUAUUAUUGAUCAGCUCGGAGGUCCCGAUUGUGUAGCCGAGAUGACUGGACGUAGGGGAAUGUUAGUCCGUGCCUCAAAUGGCAAAGGUGUCGUCUAUCAAGCUCGAAAUACGAAGGAUGUUCCGAUUGAGAUGAUAAACAUGCACGAGAAGCAGCAGUUUAUGGAUGGGAAGAAACAUAUUGCCGUUAUUUCUGAAGCUGCUUCGGCUGGUAUAUCUCUGCAAGCUGACCGUCGAGCAAUCAAUCAGCGUCGAAGAGUACACGUUACGCUAGAACUGCCAUGGAGUGCCGAUCGGGCGAUUCAGCAGUUUGGCAGGACACAUCGGUCGAAUCAAGCUUCUGCUCCACAAUACAGGCUGCUCUUUACAAACCUUGGUGGAGAACGUCGAUUUGCGUCCGUAGUGGCCAAGCGCUUGGAAACACUGGGCGCACUCACUCAGGGGGAUCGUCGAGCUGGUCCGUCACUGAGUGCGUUUAAUUAUGACAGCGCUUAUGGGAAGAAAGCGUUAUCUAUGAUGUACAAAUCUGUCAUGGAACAGGUCGAUUUACCCGUGCUUCCACCUGGUUGCACUUCUGGUAACAAGGAGGUGGUGAGAAAUUUUCUCAUGGAAGCAAGGGCUGUGUUGCUAGCUGUGGGGAUAAUUCGUGACGCAUUUCCAAUGGACUCCGAGGAUAGGCGGCCAUCUGGAAGAAUCGCCGAGGGUGAUAUGCACGAUGUAGCGCGCUUUCUGAACCGACUUCUAGGUGUUCCACCGGAUGUGCAAAAUUGGCUAUUUGAGUACUUCGUUACUAUUUUUGACGAGCUCAUUCACGAUGCUCGCAAGGAGGGACAAUUUGAUUCCGGAAUUGUUGAUAUCAAAGCAAGAGUUAUUGAACUACAGGGCCUACCAAAGACAGUUCAUGUUGACCGGAUGUCAGGAGCUCCUACUACACAUUCUGUGCUUUUGAUUGACCGGGGUUUGACAUUUGAGGCCGCAUGUCUAGAGUUGGAGCGUGCGAGCGGCAAAGAUAAAUUCGCAGAUAAUGGAUUUUACAAAUCCAAGCGAGAAUGGCUUGGUCGGAUACACUUUCUGCUAGCAAUUGAAAGGACGGGUCUACUGCCCCGUGCUUUUAAAAUUCUUCGUCCUUCUACCGGGGAAGCCUUAAGAGAAAUGCCAUCUACAGAACUCUUUGCUAAGUAUGAGAAAGUGAACCUCAACGAUCAAGUAAAAGAAGGAUGGAUACAGGAUUACACAUUGUCUGCUCAACAGUGUACCCACGGACCACAAUGCAAGCUUGGAGCUGCAUGCACUGUCGGGAAACGCGUACAGGAAGUCCAUAUUCUCGGGGGUUUGAUACUUCCCGUUUGGGGCAGCGUGGAAAACUCCCUUGCAAAGCAGGACCGAGCUGCUCACCGGAGAUUGAGAGUCGCCCGGUUAGAAACGACAUCCUCUGACAGGACGAGGGUCGUGGGCCUCCAUAUUCCAACUAUUGCAAUUAACGCCGUCUUAGAAGGCCUGGGAUGGCUGCAAAACUAAGCUUAAGGUACACAGGUCAAAGUUUUUGCUCUGACAGGAACAUAGUUGUUGGACUCAUUUGCCAUAGAGCGCCUUAUUUGGUGGAGACAUCGUACAGUGAAGUGCUAGAGUCAAAUUCAUCAUCUCAUAUCCCAUAUGCCCCAACGUCUUUCUCCACACCAUCAUUCCCUUUGAGCGCCAAGUGAACAGUAGUGAAAUUUACUUACAGAUAUUCCUCAUCUUUCUUCUCCUUUAAAACUCAGGACAUCUUCAGCUUCUCAUCAGUGCCUUGGUUCAUCAUCCAGGAGCACUCAAUCACAGCAUCAGUUACUGUGGUCACUAAACGCUGUGAUCUAUUGUUAAAUAAGCGGAUAGUUUUUCCAGAAUUCCACGUCCACAUUCCCUUU